UUGUUACGUCAAUGCGGACAGCUGGUAAACAAGCUGCAGACGAUUUCUGAGUAUCGAAAUAUUUUUACCUGAAAUAACAAUGAGUAUUCUCAACAAUCCUGCUUUUAAGGAUAGAAAACCCAUAGAAUUGGAUGAAGAAUUUAACAACUUCAUGAAGAGAGUCGGUGAGGUUUCCAGUCUUGUUAGAGACAUGGCUAGCGGUGAUAAAGUUAAGGCAGACGCAGCCAAGGUUCUAGCCGAUCAGUAUUUAGGUGGAAAAGUUAUACUAGACGACGAUCUCCAGUUGAAAGUGAAACAAAAUCGCACCCUGAUCAAUGAGAAAGCGUUCGAAAACCUAGGAAAACAAGACGCGAGCGAAAUGGACAAGGAAGCUUGGAUGGCAGAAGUGAGCAAGGAUGCUGAGAUGCGCUACCAAGACCGCAAAAUUCGUCGCGAGAAAGCGGACACGUUGAAGACCCAAGCUGUCAAGGCGUUCCGUCGUCAGGAGUACGACAGGGCCCUGUCUUGUUACAACCGAGCCAUAGAGCAAGUUCGAGACGACCCUAUGCUAUACUGCGAUCGCGCACUCACUAAAAUCAAGCUCGGAAAAUUUGACAAGGUUUUCAGUGAUUGUGACAUGGCGCUGCGUUUGAACGAGAAUAGUUUGAAGGCUCGUCUCUACCAAGCCAAAGCGUACAAAGAAAUGGAAGAGAUGGAGAAACUGCAAGAGUGCAGGAAAGAAUUGGACGAAAUGUUCCCACAGCACCAGGAACUGAUCCAGGACUUUCUGGACAAGAAAGUUGACUACGAGGAAGAAGCCGAGUAAAAUAACUGCUAGCUCAUAAUUCACGCAUCAUUUACGUUAUUUAAUUUAUUAAUUUGUUCUAUUAUUUUUGUUAAUUAUUGCAAAACGGACGCAGUGCCGGACAAUGAUAAGACACGGGCGCCAUUCUCGUACAUUGUUUGUGUACUCACGUGUAUUCUUAGCUAAUAAACUUAUAUUGGUUUAAAAGAU